CAUUGAUUGGUUAAAAUGAAGCCGCCGUCUUGUGUUGGUGGCGACAUCUAUCCUAGCGGUUUGUCGACGAGCGCGCGAAUGCUGACUGCUGCAUUUAUUUUCCUUUUUAUUAUUAUCAUUAUUAUUUUGUUAUUCGAGGUUUACUGUUCCGUAAGGAGGAAACACGGGAACGUGGGAAUGGAAUACCGUUGCUGUUUUCUGAGUUCAUGUGUUCUCCGUGAACAAAAAUGACUUCGACAUUUGCUUUUUGCAACUCUUUGACCCAGAUGGUGGGAAAUAUUAACCCUAUGAGCACGGCAUUAUUACACCGCCGUUCCAGAUUGUACCGCAACACACCAAAGUGCAUUGUCCACACAAAAAGCACGCGCUGCUCGCUUUACUUUACGUACAAAGUCGCAGAAGUGAUUGGGUAAUAGGUAAUAGUGCUCAAGUUACCAUGACAACGAACUUAUACAAACUCCGAAAACAAACUUCUACUGUGUCGAAAAGGAUGGACGAUUAUCAGAUUAUGGGAUGGAUCGGGGAGGGAGCUCAUGGUAUCGUCCUCAAGGCGAAAUGUAAUCACACCAAUCGCACUUUAGCCUUGAAAAAGAUACCGGUCACUGCUGACAGUUUCUCUAGGUCGCUGCUCAGAGAAGUAAUGGCGUUACAGCAUCUGAGACACAAGAAUGUUGCCAGACUUGAGCGUGUUAUCGCCGGAAGCGGUGCCCUGCUGCUAGCCAUGGAGUUUGUCAGUGGACAUUUGGGCCAACUAAUUUAUGGAAUGCCACCUCUGGCCCAAGCCCAGAUCAAAGGCCACUUGGUCAUGCUUCUUCAAGGCAUGGAACACUGCCAUACACAGGGCAUUCUCCACAGGGACUUGAAGCCGAGCAACCUUCUUGUCGACAGCCGGGGAUGCCUGAAGAUUGCAGACUUUGGCUUGGCUUGUCUCAUUCCUCAGGGAGGAGUUCGCAGCCAUCGUGUCGCUACGAGGUGGUACCGAGCACCAGAGUUGCUCUAUGGAGCCCAGCAGUACGGUAUUGGAGUUGACCUCUGGUCCAUAGGGUGCAUCUAUGCAGAGAUGUUGGGGCGCAGACCAUUAUUCAAGGGUGAAAGUGACAUCGAACAACUAUGCCUCGUGGUCAAAGCUAUGGGUACUCCUACCGUAGACAUGUGGCCCGGUUUCAAGGACCUGCCAGACUUCAAGAAAAUUCGAUUCGCACCGCAACAAGCGCAACCUCUGAGCGAAUUUCUUCCGGACUGCCAAGGACAACAUACCUUAAGCCUCCUUAGCCGAUUCCUAGUCUACAACCCAGAUCAACGCAUCACCUGCGCAGAGGCCCUGAAACACCCCUACCUGUUCAGCGAACCCAUGCCAACAGGUCCAUCUCUGUACAGCACAUCAUCCGAGACAAUAUGAUGCAUUUUUGAGCAUGCGAACAAUAUGUGUGCAGACGGCAGUCAGUUCUUCAUAAUAAAUUGAAUUCAAAAUGUAUUUUAAAAAUUGCUAUUAAUUGUGAU